UAUAACCACACAGUUUACAUCGAUAAAAGCAACGUCUUCAACACUUGGUUGUAUCAUUUAUAAACAGACGUGACAAGUAUUAGUUUCUAUUAUAAGGACAAAUAUUUUUAAAAUGACGUCUAAUCCCAGCAUGCCUAAUUGCAAUGAUUCUAAACAUGAAAUAAUUUUUAUUCGUCAAGAAAGCAGAGUUCGAGCGAUUCAUCCAGACGAAGAACACGAACCUUUCCUUAAGACAACAUCGCCGAAACAAUGUCGACAUUCAACAGAAUUAAACGAAAAUGAAAAGAACAACGAGUUAAAUACAACCAGAGAGUUAAAAGUCAAUGGAAACUUGGUCAUUUAUAUGCCUCCAAAAGACGAACCAUGUACAGAAAAUAUGAAAUACCAAAAUGAGAGAGGUUUGGUAACACCGGUAUCGUUUGACCAUGUUGACGGGCCGCAAUUUCCUAAGAAGAAAUCUGCUCCUAAAUGUUCAUGUUUAAGGCCCCAGACAUAUGUCAAUAUUGCCUUAGCAUUAGCCUGUGCCGUCGCACUAUUAGUAGGAGUAUGGAGCUUUGUAAAAAACAAUAUUGACAAUGAUGACACAGGUGACAAAUACUUGUACUGUUAUUCAUGCAGCUCAACAACCAAUAUAAAGGAGAAAUACAAGAAGGAUAAUAUGUGCUGCAUUAAAGAACCAAUAAAAAAUUACAAGGAUCAACAAAAUUCUGUUGGCGAUGGAUUGGGUUCUCAAGGUAAACAGUCAUAUAAUGGUUCAAGAAUUUUAGAAUUUGAAGCAGAUUUUCAGACGCAAACAGCUUGGAUAAACCAUGUAAACAAAUUCAUUAGCUGGAAUCCAUCCUGCAGUAUAAAUAAUUCAUUCCUUUCGCAUGAAUCUGAUAAAGGACUCUUGACAUUGACGCAUGAUGGUACGUACGUCAUAACAGUUUCUUUGACGACGGAUACAUUUUCUGCAAACAAGAAUGAAACGUACAUUCGGGGUAUCGUUUGUUUGGUGAUCGAGACCAAUGAAGGUGAGAUAACUGAAGAAUGUCGACCAAUUACGCACACUUCAAUAAUGACCAUUCCUUUCGAAAUAAUCAAAUAUCGACAAUUACAGAACGGCACAAAGAUAUACGCAAAAAUCAAUCGACCGAAAAUGCUUAAUAAUAAAGGAAGCCACAACAAACUUGUUAUUGUCAUGCUGUAGUGUAAGACAUUAUGCUGUAGUGUA